AUGAUAUUGCUGUUGAGUGGCGACGAGGGCAGCAGAAGUGGUGAGGACGCUCGUCAAGUUAACAGUGGGGAAGAGCGGCCUGGACUGAGUAGCAUAGAGGGUCCUUUUCAAGUACAAGAGAACAACAAGGCUACGGGACUGUUCGAGGUGCCAACACUACAAAUCCAAGCAGAGAGCCUCAGCGCACAGGAAAAUGGAGACAACGCCCUCCUUCUUGGACAACAGGAACAUCAAGACGAUAUGUCAAUUGUAGACCUCUCUAUGCUGAUGUGGGGUCUGGCUGGUGUGGGACGCACGGAGCCGCGAGAAAUCCACUUGGUGCAGCAGCGAGUGAGACAACAUCUCGUAGAUUGUGGGCUGUUGGUAAAUGCUAACAACGCUAGCAACGCUAUCAACACUAUGAACGCUGAAGAUGACACUGAACCUGAAGCACAAAAAGCACUGCGCGAUAUGCUGAGUCCCCGUUUUCUUCGACAUAAGGAUAGCGCAACAGGACAGCAAGAAAAUACUAAUAGAAAUAAAACUAGUACUUCUGCAACAACUACAAAAAUAUCUGCGCAUUCUCUCAGCGUCCUUUUUCGAAGUUUCGCAACUGUGACGCCCAGAGACCCAGAGUUUUUGACCGAGCUGCUGUCUGCGACCACACGCGCCUUAGAGAGCGAGGACGUUCAAUUCUCGGCUCAGGCCUUAGCAGCACUGUACGAGGUCGCCGCGCAGCUGCUUGCCAACGAAAGCUUUUUACCUCGACGUGCGAGGAUCAAACUUCCUUCCAAGGAAGUAGACUCUGCGGGACAACUCGUCAACGAGCCAAGAGGACAUAGGGAUCAUCACGAGUUGACCCUGCUUCGGCGUCGUGUGAAGAAACUCAAAAGUGUUACCGGCCUUCUAACGACGAUACAACAGCGCAGCCAUUUUUAUGGCCUUUGAUCUGGUGUACGUGGUUCAUCUUUGAAAGCAUCCUCGAUGAUAGCUUCUAGUACUAGACUUCGGCGCCCGAUAGCUCUCCCUCCACUAGAAUCCUCCACCUCCUUCGCGCAUUUCCUUCGCCAAGACGCGCCUCCCCCGCUCCUCUUCCGCCAGCUCGCGACGCUUUCCUGGCGAAAUGGUCCGCGCCAGAGGAGUCGGAACAGAGGCGCCGCGGAAUUUGACAGAGGAGGCCGCUUCUGUCUCUGAGGUUUGAUAGCUUCUAGCGUUAUAGCUAAAGUGCUUUUUGUUCAACGGCGAGAGGAAAACUACAUCUCUUAAUGAAGUGCUUGCCAAGAAGAUAUAAAUCGAUUUAUCUGGUAUUAUCGGAAAGCUCCUCUAACGAUUGCUGUCCUUAUUCGUGAACGCUCUGAACGAGAGGAGCCGGCGAAUGCGUCUCGAUGUCGCGUUCAACCAAGAUCAUGUGGUGAAAAUCUUAACAGCACUUGUCGAAAUGCAACCCCAUGUCCAAAGUGCGGCGAGGGUGGCUAUUCAUGUCAAACACAAGGUCAGUCCGGUUCUCUCAGGGGACGGAAAAGAAGCUACAACUGAUGUUAUAGAUUUUGCCUGUCCGCGUACGCUUUUACAUCCACCAUCUCUCGCAAUGGACCCACGAGUGCUGUACCAGUUGCUAGCCUUUAUUCAGAGCGAGCAGACGGUAAGGCAGCUUCGUCCAGACACUUUACCGCGAGUAACGAUUAUGAAGAUGGAAGUCAUUUUUACAAGAGUUUUGCUGAUCUUCAAUGAAAACAUGAAAGCGCGUUGUCUGAGAGCGUCGAAGAGAAAGUCGUGUAUCUUUGCAGAAUAGUUUGAAUUCAUUUUUUUUUACCUGUUUCAACAUCAUCAACUCCAUUCCACGACACCUUAUUUCUAUGCCCCCAAUCCGUCCCAGAUGCUUUUCUUCUAAGACCCAGUUAUUCCGUGACUUGGGUAUCACGGACUUAGAUGCUUGGAAGAGACUAGCUGUGCGGUUUCAGCGUGUAGGAAGGGAUUUAGCUCUGAGGCAACUCCGAUCCGUCCAGAGAGACUUUCGCGCGACUAACAGAAGCAAUGCGCGGAUAGAGGGCGUCACGGCGGCUUACGACAAUGUGCGAGCGGACAGGGAGAUGUUUGGGCCUUGAGCGGCAUGGUUGAUUUUUCUGUGAAGACAAGCGCAUUGUUGGAAAUAAGACGAUUUGAUGAUGAUGCAGACUCGAGUCUGCUGUUCGGAUAAGAAUCAUUUGAACAACAUGAACAUUCACGAAAAGAUACCCAUUUUCGCUACAACAGUGAAAACUAGGAAGACGACCUGACGCAACUGCAUAGUACUCUUGCACAUUUCCGUGUUUGGCGUUUUAUGUGUCACUUUUCUCUGGUUGGU